AUGCCACGACCAACUACUCGUGAUGAAGUCCUUGCCCGGCUUCGCAAAACAGUCGCUGAGGGUUCAAUUAUAGUCGGCGCAGGAGCUGGUAUUGGUCUUUCUGCCAAGGCAGUCGAAAGGGGAGGCUGUGACUUGAUUCUCGUCUACAAUUCGGGCCGUUUCCGCAUGGCCGGUCGCGGGUCCCUGGCAGGAUUAAUGCCUUACUCUGAUGCUAAUCAGGUGGUGGUAGAGAUGGCUGCUGAGGUUUUACCCGUGGUGAAAGACACACCGGUGCUUGCUGGUGUCUGUGGUACUGAUCCAUUCCGAGAAAUGCACUCAUUCCUCUCGGAGUUGAAGCGAAUCGGGUUCGUUGGGGUGCAGAAUUUCCCGACCGUUGGCCUCAUCGAUGGCCAAUUCCGCCAAAAUCUGGAGGAAACGGAGAUGGGCUAUGAUCGUGAGGUUGAGAUGAUUAAGAUUGCACAUGAGCUGGGACUCGUCACCACGCCUUACGUUUUCAGCACGGAUGACGCGACAGCAAUGGCCAAAGCGGGUGCUGAUAUUGUUGUCGCUCACGCUGGAUUGACCACCUCUGGUGAUAUCGGAGCCAGAACCGGACGGUCGCUUGAAGAUUGCGUCGGGUUCGUGCAAGAGAUUCGGGAUGCAGCUCACCAAAUCAACCCCGAGAUUCUCGUGCUGUGUCAUGGCGGGCCGAUCGCGCGCCCGGCCGAUGCAGAAUACGUCUUGUCGCGUACCAAGGGAGUACAUGGGUUCUUCGGAGCCAGCAGCAUGGAACGUCUGCCGGUGGAAGUUGCGAUCAAGGAGAACGCAGCCGAAUUUAAGCGGCUAAAGGUGCGAUUAGAGUAG